CAUGCACUCCCAACUUUUUAAUUGUCUUUAAUGACAUUUCUGCUUUCAUUUAUUUAUUGUAAUUAAGAUCUCUGAUCUCUCUCACUAUGCUUUUACAUAUAAAGACUACAUAUAUAAAGCAGUUGGACUCACGCGGUUAACGAGCUUCAAUUAAGAACAAAUUGAUUCGGAGGAUCCGAGUUUGAGCCUUGACUAAAAAAAUUGUUGCUCAGAUUUUACUUAUCUCUCGACUGAACUCUAGAUUACUAGAACCUUUGGCUUGAGCACCAGAGCUUAAAAGACAAAAAAACCAUAUGUAAUCUGAACCAUAGAGACACUGAGCUACUUUUCUAGAUCAGUGAUCAAAUAAAUAGUACUUUGGACAAACUUUGGCUACCCUUUUUAAUUCUCUCUCUCAUGCUCGUGAAUAUUAUAUAUAUAAGUCUACAAUGCCAUUUGUUGCUUCACUUGCAAAAUUUACAAUCAAGACUUUGCAUGCUUGUUCCAUCAAAUUCUAAUUUCCUCAUAUAUCCCCUUUUCUCAUCAGCUACCAUAUUCCAUCUUCUCUAUAAUAGAAGGUUUUUCUGUGUUCAUUCUUUUAUCACAUAAAUUGUCAUUCAUUUCUAGAAGCUUAUAAAGACAUGGAAUCAAGAAUUUUUCAUGUUAACAAGAGGGAAGAAAAAAAGAUAGUAGUGAAAUAUAAAGAGUGUCUCAAGAACCAUGCAGCUGCAAUUGGUGGCAAUGCAACUGAUGGAUGUGGUGAGUUCAUGCCUAGUGGAGAAACCGGCACACUUGAAGCUCUUAUGUGUUGUGCUUGUAAUUGCCACAGAAACUUCCACAGAAAAGAAAUAGAGUCUAAUUGUGAUUGUAGUAGCCCUUCUAAACAUUAUGCUUUUUCAUUGAUUCCUGAUAACGUUGCACCCAUUUUGAAUCAUUUAUCUCCCAACAAAAGUGGUUCAACUAGUCCUUCUGAUCAUUUUUAUGAGAAGAACUAUGAAUAUUGUGUUAAUGAGGUGGAAAAUCCAACUGAAAAGAUGAUAAAGAAGAGGUCUAGAACCAAGUUUACUCAAGAACAGAAGGAGAAAAUGCAGGAUUUUGCAGAGAAAGCAGGAUGGAGGAUACAGAAGCUAGAGGAAUCUGUGGUGCAGAAGUUUUGCCAAGAAAUUGGAAUCAAGAGAAGAGUUCUUAAAGUGUGGAUGCACAAUAACAAGAACACUUUUGCUAAGAGAAAUCUUUCUACUAACUAGAUAUAUCAUAUAUAUAGCAUGAAGAUGAGGCUCAUUUGUUAAAGAUUUAUUUUUUGUUCCUGCAUUUUACUAAAUUAUUUUGUUUCAUUUAUUCUACUUUCAGGGGAUUUAUGUAUUUGAAUAGCUCUAGGUCAUCUUAUUUAUCCUUGUUUGUUUAAAUUGGAGAGCAUGGUGUUAUAUGGUUUAGAGGAUCUAAUGUAUUCAACUUUAUGGUUACAAAACUGUGAGUUAUGUUAAAGUAAUCUACAAAUUUAGUUGUCUUA